AUGGCCACAUUUUCGACCGCCCGAGACCUCUUCGCCCCCAUCGGCAAAGAUGGCCACCGCAUAUCCUACCGCCUACUCGGCCCUUCACCCUCCUCAUCCGGCAAGAUUCCCCUUGUCAUGCUUAUGGGCUUCCGCGGCACCAUGGACCAAUGGGAUCCGGCCCUGAUUGAUCCUCUGGCCGAUCAACGCCCGGUCAUCCUCACAGACAUCCCCGGCGUUGGCCGCUCUGAGGGUGCCGUACCCCUUUCCAUCACCGAGUGGGCGCAAAGUGUCAUCGACUUGCUCAUCGUGAUGAACAUUCCUCAAGUGGACGUUUUUGGCUACUCCAUGGGUGGGUGCAAUGCCCAGAUGGUGGCGCUGAUUGCGGAAGAGUAUUCGGGGGGCAAAGUGAAGGUUAGGAGGUUGGUGUUGGCCGGAACUACGCCGAGUGACGGGCCGGGAGUCAAGAGGUUCAAGGGUCAGGAGACGGAGGCUUUCCAGAGGUUGGCGGCGGCGCAGACGGUGGAGCAGCAGAAAGAGGCGUUUAUGAAGGGCUUCUUUGGACGGUGUUCGGAGAAGAGCUGGGCGGAGGGCGAAAAGAGUUGGAGGAGGAUUGCUGGGGCGAGGAAGGAGAUGAUGGGUCAUUUGGGGAAGGAAGGGUCAAAGAGCCAGGGCAUUGCCUUUGCCAAGUUCAUGGGAGAGGGUAGUCUGGAGAAGUUGAAGGGGUUGAAGAUUCCAGUGCUGAUUGCCAAUGGAUCUCAAGACUUGCUCUUGCCAACGGAAAACAGCUACCUGAUGUACAAGACACUACCGAAUGCGUAUUUGCACCUAUACCCCGACGCUGGACACGGCUUUUUGUACCAGUACGCCGACCACUUUUCGUUCUUGAUCAACCUGUUCCUAGACGGCGAGCAGUCAGGCGGUGCCCUCAUUCCCAGCAAGCUAUAG